GUCCAAUCAGUACUUUGGCGAUAACUUGACUAUAUUGUAAUGCAUAUUUAAUUACUGAAACAAAUGAUGAAAGAUGGAGAUAGAGGAAGAAGCUGAGGAACAGGAAGAGCAGCGCGGGAAAUCUUCGUGCCCAUUUACAUAUGACCUCAUUUUGAGCCAAUGAAACACGAGGGCCGCGGUGAGGAGGCCAUAGUAUUCUUUCUUUUUUUUUCCUGGCCAAUAUCGUUGCUAGCGUUGUCGCCGGUCUUAUCGGUGGAGAAAUUCCGGAGUUGAUGGUUCUCUGCCCGGGGAGAUGUCCAGCUCUUUCUGGUUUAUCCAGUGCUGACCGCUACUGCGAAGAGAUGUUGUAGAAAGUAGUUUCAUCUCUUGGAUAUUGUUGUUUGUUGUAAGACCCAGACACACUCCACUCAAAGUAAGGCCCAGGCACACUUCACUCAAAAAAAACUUAACGGAAUAAUAUUCUCAAUUAUUUUUUUUUAACUCUCACGAGAUAUCAUUUGUCAGAACAAUUGAACUAACGUGACUGUCUGUAGAGAAAUGACAAUGUUUGGAAUCCAAUGACCAGGUAUUGAGAAAUGCUGAGACUCGAGCAUCGACCAAUCGAUCAAAGUAUUGAACAUUGAGAAAUAUUAAGUUUAAUCCACGGAUAUACAUUUUGAAUGUGCGCCAUAUUUGAUUGAAAUGUAACAGAAUUGAAAAGAGUUUUUUUUGUUUUUUGGCAUCCUGCUGUAUUUUGUUUAGUCAAUUUGUUUAUUGAUUCUAGAAACCUUCAAAACUGUUCGCAUUAUAGAUCGGCAUUCACGAGGCGAAAAAGAUUCCUAUAACCAUAUAUCUUUAACAUCUUUAGCUACAACCUUUACCAGGAUGACUUCUGUGGCCAUCUGCAUGACACAUUUCAAAGCCAGUUUCCGUGAAAUGAUGAGAUACGGAAACUGGAUUAUUACUCCUUAAUUGGCAAGCCUUUCAGACAUAUAUCUCACAUUUGAAAAUAAAAUUUAGUCGAUCAUCUGGCUAACAUUGGACCAGCAUCCGCCAAUCUAUCCCUUCAAUUAAUCGAUUGCCAAUUUGACGUUCGCUUGAUUAAAAAAAAAAAAUCGACCUGCCAAGGAAACAUCUCGGCCAUACGUUAGAAGGAGGGAAAAUUUAUUUCAACGGAUAACUUCUGCUACGUGACGUGAGUGAGGAUCAAAAUGACUUCUGCGGAGCAUAUGACCUGGUAUAAGAAGUCUGCCACUGUCUGGAACAAAAUAUACGAGUACCUUGCCACCUGUCCGUCAUGCUGCGACUGCUGGUCGACGUCCGGCAAGGAGAAGGUCCAGCCUCAGAGGCUUCACAUCCAGCACACGUGCAUGGAGCAGUACCACCCGAGGCUUGACUCCACAAGCAGCAAUGCCGAAAGUGUACGGAGCUACAGGGAGAGAAUGGACUCAGACAACUCCAGGACUGACUCUGUUUCGUCGGCCAGCGGACUGAGUUCGGACAGCAAGCGUCACGUGACUCCUAUCAUCGACAUGAAGCCUAUAGAAUUCUGGACAGCUAAUAAAGAGAGCGUCCAGCCAAGGUCAAGGCGACGUCAUCCAAGUGAGAGUGAGAUCAGUGUGGAGAACUUCCAGCGGGAGCUGUACGAGGUGGAACCAGAGGAGGAGCCAUGUCUGACAGACGAAGAGAAACUGGCGCAGUUUCAGUUGGGGCAACUGCACUUUGGUCUUAAGUACGACAUUACUACCAAGGUCUUGGUGGUGAAGAUCAUUGAAGCCAAAGAUCUGCCCCCGCCGUAUUGCCUGGAUGAAACAAAGCAAGACAUGGCCCACUCCAACCCUUACUGUAAGAUCUCACUUCUGCCUGACCAAAAGGCAUCCCAGCAGACCACGGUACAGCGGAAGACGCAGGAGCCCUCUUGGAACGAGUACUUCAGCUUUGACAUGGAGUACCAGGAGGCACAAGAGCGGACGCUGGAGAUCCUCCUGAAGGACUUUGACAAGUUCUCCAGGCACAGGCUGAUAGGGAAAGUUUUGCUUCCCUUGAACACCGUCAACCUGAUCAAGGGAGGUCACAUGUGGAAACCCUUGUCCCCCGGAAACAAGGAGUGUCAAGACCUGGGCGAGCUUCUCCUGUCCAUUAACUACCUUCCGUCUGCUGGGAGGCUAACGGUGGACAUCAUCAAGGCCAAGGGUCUUUUGCAAACGGACCUGGUGGGCGGGUCUGAUCCAUUUGUCAGGGUGACCUUAGUGCAGAUGGAGAAACCUGUCAAGACCAGGAAGACGACAUGUAAGAAGAAUACCAUUGACCCAGUUUUUAAUGAGUCUGUGAGUUUUAAUCUGACACAGCAACAGCUACUGGCCGCUAGCCUUGUUGUGACUGUCUGGGACCACAACUCCAAAUCCAAGGACGACUUCGUGGGCCGGGUGGUCAUCGGUCGAUACGCCACAGGCCCCCAGGAAUCCCAGCACUGGGAGCGCAUGCUCCAGUCGCAGAGGUCUCCCGUGGCCCAGUGGCACUCGCUCAAGCCUCGUGCCGACUGCGACCAGGUUUCUGUGGCGUCCAUCGCUGUGCCGUGACGUCAAAGUGGGGGAUAUGUUGUGCAAUAAGAUAAAAAAAAACGAAAAAAAAACAUGUUGAAAAAAACAAGAAAACUGCUUCGUCUCCAAGACUGUUACACUAUUCCGAAGGAUUCGAUCACAUGGCUACUGGACAUCACUCCCGACUUCGUCUUCUAAGCCAUUUUUUGUUGUAUUUUGUUUUUUGUUACAUUGGCAUCAUUUUCUGUCACCUUGAAGAGAAAAGCUCCUCCCCCCUUCCCUUUCCCCCCUCUUUCCCGCCACCAAAUGAUUUAUUGUGUCACAUUUUUCUGUUGAUAAACUUUUGACAAAACGUCUGCUAUUCUCAAUCGUCUGCUUCAGAGCUGGGUGUCUUUCAAGCAAUACUUUUGUCAAAAUAAAACCUAGAAAUAAACAUAGACAAGAAAAACUCUGGUCAAAUUGGAGAAAAAUAUAUUUAUACAUUAUACUACAUAUAUUCAUAUAUUUUAAUUACGUCGUAUAUUGUAUAUAUUGUUAUUAAUAGUAAUAUAUAUUUUAUAUUCAUAUUUAUCUAUGACAUAAACGUUUUUAUUUAAUUUCUGUACAUUAUUUUACAUGAAAUAUAUUAAUAUAGAUUAGCAAGUAGAAUCAAUGUAGUACUGACUUAUUGUUAGUGACUUUUCAUUCAUUCCUUGUCAUCUAAAGGCGUCUCUUAAAGGCGUAUUCCUAAACUUCAACUCAACUAUAGAAAGGGAUAUGAAUGAGAGUGAAAAUGCAAUUUAUUUGGGAAUUUUUCACAUUAAACGUUUAUCACAAUAAUCUGCUUUUUAUUAUUACAACACUUAGAUUAACUCACUCGGUCUGUCUGGUAAAAAGUUUGUACACGUUAUUUCUCCCACACCCAAUUUCGGAUCAAGUUAAAAUUUUCGCACAAUUAUUUCUUUUUCCUGACAACACAAGAAUCAGUUUAAAAAAAUCAAUUAGUUUAUUAACUAUUUUCAAUUAAUUAUUUUGUUUAGUAUCUCAAACAAGGGAAAGAAUUUGUACUUGACUGAAACGGUAGUAUAAGCUGAAUUAGUCAACUUUAUAAAUCGUAGUCUGAGUCUUAGGAGACCAUGCCAACAAUAGAUAACUCUACAAUCUUCCAUAUUUAUAAUCUGUCCACUAGCAGAGUGGUUACCGUGUUGGUUUGAGAAUCCUGAAAAUAGUUGAGUCAUGACUUCAAAUUCUGGUCUUUUAAGAGAGCGCUAUGUGGCUAAAGAAAUACAUGAAAACAAAAUGAAAAUAUGGAUUGGAAGAGAUUUAGAAACACAUAAUCCAAAUCAACACGGACGCCAUUUUGAAACAUCCCUGUUGUCAACUAAACAUUACAAAAUACUUCGUGCUACAAAGGAAAGAGCUUGGACAUUCGACUACAGCGCAAGCAUUUAUCAAUCAUUUCGUAUUUCUGGAUUUGCCUUCAUGUGUGAGAAUGUCUAAUAAUUACAUCUCAUGAUUUUAAGCUGUGUAUGUGUGAGCCAAUGUGGGCUUUUUUUUUUUAUGUAUGCAAGAACCUUCCAACCAUACAUUUGUAAAAUUCUUCCUAUUAUCUUGCAAAAUCUUCCUCGGUUUAAAAAGAACACAGAAGCCAGGAUGGAACCUUAAAGAUGGACGAGUAUUUCAAAAACUGCCUUCACGAUUUUCCUAGAAAUUUGACAGUUGAUUUAUAUCUUUAUGAAAAAAAAAUACUAGCUAAUUGGCCACGCAGGGAAAACUCUCGUUUGACUAGUAUAAUUUUUCAAAAAUAUAAUUAUCUUAAAAUUAAAUUUGGCUAUUUUGAACGUGCUAUUCAGCGGGUAUUCCCGCACUCGACUCAAAUGUUUCUUUGUAUUCAGUGAAGGGUUCAAUAAAUACAUAGUUCAUGAACUAUUUGUGCACCGUCUUAGGUAACAAUUAGCUGGAAUGUCCUAGAACCUUUUUGUUUAGGCUCAGUGAAAAGCAUUACAAGUAAUAAAUAGAAUGAGAAAGUCCAGAUUAUGUAUGGCGGUCAGCUCCUUGAAGGAGGAUUUUAUUUUAAAAUAUUUGUGUAUGUUACUUGUUAUGUAUUCAAAGAACUUGCAAUGUGCCAAGAGUUCAGUACCUUUAAUAAUAGGAACUUCUACACUACAAAUCUAACUAGAUCUAGCCCCGUGUCAACUCAUCUAUAUCAAACUUGUAGAUCUGUGCUUAUACAUUGCCAACAAACUAUUAUUAACCCUAGAGUUACAGACAUUUGGGAAGAAACAUCUACGUUGAAAGCGUCAAGAGCAUCGUUUAGUAGUUUUAGGAUUAAGUCAGAAAUUUACUGUAUAAACCUACAUUGCAUUUUUCUCUCCGGAUAUGUAGAGUGCGGUUAGAGAAAGAGAUGUUAAUUAUGUAGUCAGAUUUGUCAGAUGAUCUUAUGGUAUGCUGCUUGUUGAAUAUUUGUUAGGUAGUUCAUGUAAACACAGUUAUUGCUUAAAACAAUGGAUCAUAUUUUUAGCUUGAAUAUUAUUGAAAGAAAGUUAUUGUUAUUGAGAGACAAAUGUACAAAGAGACUUUGAGAGACUGAAGUACAAAGAGAGGUUUAGAAGUACAAUUAGGCACUGACAGACAGAAGUACAAUUAGGCACUGACAGACAGAAGUUCAAUUAGGCACUGACAGACAGAAGUACAAUUAGCAUUAGGCACUGACAGACAGAAGUACAAUGAUGGUCAUUGAGAGAGAGAAGUACAAUAAUUCUUUUAACAGAUAGUGUAUAGUGUUCCUGGUCUACAAAAUCCUAUGUAUUAUAUGACCAUGAAAAUGUAAGAAAGAAUAUUCAUUCUGCUGUGACCAAGACAAAAAUGUUUUGCUCUAUCUUGAAAUAGUGUACUCACAUGUCACUUUUUUUUUUCCUCUAGAUUUGUUUAGAAAUACUUGUGUAGUGUUUCAAACACAAAAAUUGUUUGUAUAUUUGUGAUUGUUUUCUUUGUGUUUCCAUUCUAAUUAAUUACAAUAUCAUCGAUCUGUGGAAACAUUUUAAUGCGGAAUCAUCCCGAUGUUUUUGUUCUAUUCGAAUCGAAUUGUUAGCGAUGACAAACAAUGGAUGACAUAAGUCUGUAUGUGUUCAUGUCAUGUCGUGAAAUCUUUUCAUAACAUAUUCAUUAAAACCCUCUCCCCCGGUCAAAGUCACUUCCUUAGUUGGUCAGUCUCUAGUGGACAUAUACGUCCGAACUUUAUAAACCUAUUCCCCCCUGGCGUGCAAACAAUUCUUUCCCAAUUCAUUCACGAACUCUCCGUCAAGAUUUUAUCUUAUGGUUGAACAUGUUGAGAUUAGAAAUAGAUAAGUGUCCAGAUUUAGCAAGCUGAUUAUUUGACGCCAAAGAUAAAACGUUUAAAAUUAUAUUAAGUUCAAAUGUUAUCCGAAUAGAAUAGAUGACUAUCAGCAGAUCUCUGCUUUCCAAAAGUCUUCAGCUGUCUUUGAGUUUUCAAGCAGAGUGGUGCAGCAACCAGGGCGCGUGGGCGUUCAUUGCGCUUAGGUCUGAGGUCUGUGACUAAUAGGGAUCCACAGGAGGGUCAUUGAAAGAUAGCCGCUAUUGCUUUUAGAAAGGCCUAUAUGUGUUGAGAUGGAGUGCAGUGGCUGAGCGGCUACGUGCUUGGCUUCCGAAACUGGGGUCCUGGAGUUCGAAUCUCGGUGAAGACUUAGAUUUCGAAUGUCGUGAUUUUUAGGGUGCCCCUGAGUCCACCCAACUCUAAUGGGUACCUGACCUUAGUUGACACCCUGCUCGUUAACCGUUGGCCAGAGAAACAGAUAACCUUAAGGCUUAACAUCAUCUGCCCUAUAGAUCGCAAGGUCUGAAAGGGGAACUUUGCAUGUGUUGAAUGUCAAGACACAAUUACUUACAAAAGGUAGUACAUACAUUGGAAUAUCUUUUGUUCUAUGUAAUGCUUACAUUUAGAUAUUUUUGCAAUUAAAAGAUCCCACAUGGGGGCUAUUCUUGUGACCUGAAAAGGUUAAAGUUCAUUUCAAAAAGUACCCACUCUUCUCCCUGUGCACCAAUCCCAUCAUUUCAUUGUCUUCAUCAUGCCAUAUAUGUCACUAGUUUGUCUAACGUAAAUCUUUAAUACAACAAUCAAAACGGAGUCUCAUCUUAAUAGAAGAUGGUUUGUAUUUGCUUGUCAUUAUCUUGUAGAUAUUUUCAGAUAUUACUGAGAAAGAUGCAUAUUAGGCUACUAUCAUGACUUGUGUGUACAUCUGAAAUACAUAACACACUAGGAUUGUUAUACAUAUGUAUAGAUUUAUUUCACCGGAUUUAUUCAUAUAAUGUACAUACAUACAAAAAUACAGAUUUGUUGUUGUUUUGACAUAAAUGAACUCUCACCAAAAGAA